AUGACGGAUUUUGAAGCUCAUGUGGGUUGUGGAAUGGAGUGUCAUGUGGUGGUUCAAUUGCCAGAUAUUCAAUUCAGAUGUACAUAUCCACCCAUUAUGAGAUUAGUGCGAGAUUUAUCAGAUGCACAGAGAGAUCACAUCGGUUCGUGUGGAUUUGGAUACUUGUUGCAGAUGACUGAUAUCCAUGUGAAUCAUGGAUUGUUGACUGUGUUAGUUGAGCAAUUUCAUAGCGAGCAUAACACCUUCCACCUGUCGACUGGGGAGAUGACUAUCACUCUUGAGGAUGUUUACAAUAUUAUGAGGAUACCAUUUGUUGGAGAUAAGGUUGAUUAUGAUGCGACUCCACGACAAGGCAUUGAGGCACUGAGACGCAUAUUUCAGGAUGGCACUAUCUUGAAUCGAGAUAUCACUUGGGAUGAUCUAUUGAGCAGGUAUGGAGCACAAUUCCCUUUGGCGUGCGUUUUGGCUAGCAUUAUUGGUUGCUUCGUGAUGUCUGAUAGGGGACAACAGGGGUUCUUAUGUGGAUGGGGUAGGAUGCUGGAGAGAUUGCUUAUUCAUCCAGUCAGAUUAGGUUGGGGUUCAGGCUUACUCGUGAAUAUAUACCAUGAGAUGCAUGGGAUCACCUAUAGAGGGGCGAAGAGUAUGGCGACAAGCGUUCUAGUUUUGUAUAUUUGGGUCUGGGAGCACAUCCUAGUUUGCAGACCGAUUGUGGAUGAUUCACGACAGGAUGGCUAG